AUGGAAAAUUCAUCUGUGGCGGCUGACUUCAUCCUUCUUGGCAUGACAGAUGACGCUCACCUUGGGAUCCUGCUGUUUGGAACCUUCCUUAUCAUUUAUGUGAUCACGGUGUUGGGUAACCUAGGCCUUGUGGUCCUUAUCAAAACCAGCCCCCGGCUCCACACCCCCAUGUACUUUUUCCUCUCGAAUCUGUCCUUCCUUGAUGUUUGUUUCUCUUCCACCAUAACUCCAAAGACUUUGGUAAACUUGCUAUCGAAGCUGCAAGAGGUUUCUUUCCUUGAAUGUGUGACCCAAAUGAGUCUGUUCAUAAUCUUUGCCUCGACUGAAUGCAACCUUUUGGCUUCCAUGGCCUUCGAUCGUUAUGUUGCCAUCUGUAGGCCACUGCUCUAUCACAUCACCAUGUCAAGAGGUCGCUGUCUUUUCUUGGUAGCAGGAUGCUACUUUGGCGGGUUGAUGAACAUGAUUGCUGUUACAGCUGCACUCACACAACUGUCAUUCUGUCAACCACAUUUCGUUCCCCACUUCUUCUGUGAUAUCCCUCCACUGCUGGCACUGGCUUGCUCAGAUCCCUGGCUCACCCAAACCUUGGUUGUUGGAUGUGGGGGAUUCACCCUUGUCACAUCCAUUGUGGUGAUCCUGAUCUCCUACGUGUCCAUCCUCAUGACUAUCCUGGCAAUUCCCUCAGCUUUUGGGAAACAGAAAGCCUUCUCCACGUGUGCUUCCCACUUGACUGCUGUUGGCCUGUACUACGGAACAACCAUGUAUACUUACUUGCAGCCCUCUCGACAUGGGUCACAGGCAGGAAAUCAGAUGGUCUCUGUGUUUUAUACAAUGGUGAUUCCUUUAUUAAAUCCUCUCAUAUACAGUUUGAGAAAUCAGGAAGUGAAAAUGGCCCUACAGAAAACAUUGUGGAACUGUUCCUAA